CGCGCGCGGGAAACCCGAACAUGGCGGCGGGGAGCGAGCGCUGAUCUGGGAUUCCUGCCCCAGCUCUCCCGGGAUCCCACUGACCCUCAGCCGUUCCCUGUGGGUUCCCCUGUCCGGGACCGCGUGGUCUGAGCCCCCCCGGGGUGUCUGUGCCGGGAUCCCGCCAUGGAGGAGGUGGAGUCGCGAUUCCUGCACCUGCUCCAGCCCAUCCGGGACCUCACCAAGAACUGGGAGGUGGACGUGGCCACCCAGCUCGGGGAGUACCUGGAGGAGCUGGAUCAGAUCUGCAUCUCCUUCGACAACGGGAGAACCACCAUGAACUUCACGGAGGCGGCGCUGCUGAUCCAGGGCUCUGCCUGCAUCUACAGCAGGAAGGUGGAGUACCUGUACAUGCUUGUCUGCCAGGCACUCGACUGCAUCUCCAAUAAAAAGUAAGUGGGAAUUUCCCUUCCCAGGGAGAGUUUUGCUGGGGCUGUGGGAUCCCUCGGUGUGCCGGGGGUGACACUCCUGUGGCUCUCCCGGCAGUUCCUGUCCCUGGAUGACAUCAAGGACACCAGCCAGGCCAGCGUGGACAUGAGCAGCAAUCAGCAGCCCAGUGCUGUGAACGUCGUUCCCUUGACCCCGAUGUCUCUGGUCCCCCCGGAAGAGAUGGAGAAGAAGGAAAACCCCCUGUUGAGCCGGAAGGGGGAGGUCCUGGCGAGCCGGAAGGAUUUCCGGAUGAACACCUGCACCCCCCACGCCACCGGAGCAUUCCUGCUGGAGCUGGCCGGGCUCUCCCCCACACACCUGCAGGAGCAGCGCCUGCGGAGCCCCAGGAGAGCCACAGGAGCUCCGGGAUCUGGUCCUGGUGUGGAGCAUCCGAGUGCCAGCGUGGCUCCGAUCCGGGCACUGAGCUUCUCUGAGGAGGCAGGUGCUGCAGGACCAGAUGAUGACGACGACAUUCCCGGGGCCCUGGGGGACGACGUGGAAAUGACUCUGGCCCCAAAUGAACACAUUGAGGCACAGAGGAGUUCACCCCGGACACGGGGAUACGUCCUGCGGGAGAAACCCCCCAGCCAGGACCCCAGAGCCCACAGCAAGGGUGCCACGGGGAGCUGUGCUCCAUCCUCACCCCUGUGCCAGGAGGUGCCAGAUCCGUGGCAGAGCCUCGACCCCUUCGGAGACUCCGAGGAGAAGCCAUUUAGGAAAGUUCCCAAUCUCUUCCCCCCAGACAACAACGUCACAGACAGCCGGAAAACCAGGAGGAAAGGCCCCACCUUCGCAGACCUGGAAGUGCUGUACUGGCGGCAGCUGAAGGAGCGGCUGGCAGCACAGAGGAAGCUCAAGAGCCAGGGGGAGCCACUGUGGGAGCCGGAGCUGGAGCAGGAACGUGGGGCUGACUACGACCAAGGGGCAGCAGAUGAUGAUUUUGUGGAGCAUGAGGAUGUGGAGGAGGAUGUGGAGCCCGAGGUGCCAGAGGAGCUGGGAGAAGGAUCCCUGGACCCCCCAGAGCUGGGAUACGAGGAGCUGGUGCGCAGGAACGUGGAGCUGUUCAUGGCCAGCUCCCAGAAGUUCGCGCAGGAGACGGAGCUGUCCCAGCACAUCCGGCACUGGGAGGAGCGGAUAGAGCCACUGCUGCAGGAGCAGGAGGCCCGGGCACCCUUUGACAUGCGCGAGUACGGGCUGGCCCUGACGGGGCGCUGCGGGGGGCUGGGACGGUGGCACUCCCUCGCCAGCCUGGUGGCCGGGCAGCCCCCCUUCGAGGUGUGCCGGUACCUGCUGGCCUCGCUGCAGCUGGCCAACGACGGGGUGGUGGAGCUGGAGCAGGACGAGGGGCUGGAGGCGGCGCUGGACACGGCGCGGCUGCGGCUGCUCACCCUGCGCCCCGCCCACGAGAGGUUCCAGGGCUUCCAGCCCCCCUCCCUCAGGGACCCCCACCCCCAAUAA